AUGCCACUUGACCUUUCCAGGUUUCACCAGCAGUAUUUAACUUGUUUGAAGGGAACACACUUGCAAGUGUCUCCUGUUGACAAGACAGAUUCUCCUGGUAGUUCACACAAUGUUCAAAAGGCACAAGUUCCUUGCUUCAGAACGCAAGAGAGAAUUAACUUCCCCAGGAGCUACACGGUCCAUACUGAAGAAUGACCUGAGAAAUUUUCACUCUUUGUCGCAAUUUAUACUCUCAGCAGGCCCUCUAAGAUCAACUCCAGCAGUUAAACAUUCAAAAACUACUCACUUUGAGAUUGAAAUACUUGAUGCUCAAACCAGAAAGCAGAUAUGUAUUGUGGACAAGGUGACACAAAAAUCUACUAUUCAUGACGUGAAACAAAAAUUUCACAAAGCAUGUCCAAAGUGGUACCCUUCUCGAGUGGGCCUGCAGCUAGAACGUGGUGGGCCCUUUUUGAAGGACUACAUAACCAUUCAAAGUGUUGCAUCUUCCUCCAUUGUCACACUUUAUUUUACAGACCUAGGUCAACAAGUCAGUUGGACUACAGUAUUUUUGGCUGAAUACACAGGACCUCUGCUAAUAUAUCUCCUCUUUUAUUUGAGGAUCCCAUAUAUAUAUGACAUGAAAGAGAGCUCUAGAAGAUUACGUCACCCAGUAGUACACUUGGCCUGCUUCUGUCAUUGUAUACACUAUAUCCGAUACCUUUUGGAAACCUUAUUUGUUCACAAGGUUUCCGCAGGACAUACACCUUUGAAAAAUUUGAUAAAGAGUUGUGCCUUUUAUUGGGGAUUCACUUCUUGGAUUGCCUACUACAUUAAUCACCCACGGUAUACACCACCAUCAUUUGGAAACAGGCAAGUCACAGUAUCUGCUAUCAAUUUUCUGAUUUGUGAAGCUGGAAAUCAUUUCAUCAAUGUAGUGUUGGCUCAUCCCAAUCACACAGGAAAUAAUGCCUGUUUUCCAAGUCCAAAUUAUAACCCCUUUACGUGGAUGUUUUUCCUGGUUUCAUGUCCUAACUACACCUAUGAGAUUGGAUCAUGGAUUAGUUUCACAGUCAUGACGCAAACAUUGCCAGUUGGGAUUUUUACACUUCUGAUGAGUAUCCAGAUGUCUUUGUGGGCACAAAAGAAACAUAAGAUGUAUCUGAAGAAAUUCAGUUCUUAUAUGCAUAGGAAAUCAGCAAUGAUUCCAUUUAUACUGUAAGAAAAAAUAAGUGAUCUUAUCUCAUAUACAGAAAGCAGUAUAUAAACUCACUAAAUCAAACUUGAUAAAGGAUAGUUGCCUAUUAUGCUCCAGAAACUCACAAACAACAGUAUUUUUGCUUGAGUAAAAAUACAAAAUGGUAGACUCUAGCUGAAUUUAGAGUAAUAAACUUGAGGUAAAUGAAAAGUAGAAAUUAUCGAUAUAACUAAUGGUAAAUAGCAUCCAGUAUGUUUGUAAGAGACUGAUCCUUGAAUGAAAUGUUCUUACUGCAUUAAAUAUUUCAUAACUAUUUGCUUAAGACCAUUUAGAAUAUCUGAAUUUUAAAAAGUAAAUAUUUUAAAAAGUUGUAACAUUUAAAUCACUUGAAUCUUACAUAUUAUUUUGAUAGUAAUUUAAUUUUUUUCUUUAUUGUUCAAUAUGUUAUUGAGAAAUAUCAAAUGUCUUAUGUCAGUAGUUCAAUUUCCUAUAUUAAAAGUUAAAUAUUUUUAAUUAGCCAUGAAUCUUAUUCAUAACAUAUACAUUGUAUAUCAUUCUGAAAUUAUAACAAUCAAAAUAUUUUCUAGACAUUACUUAUUAAAUCAUUUGAAUAUACUAUAUUGAAAUAUAUAUUUAUAUAUACAUCAUAUUUAUAUAUGCAUAUAUAUAGAAAUAUAUAUAUAUAUUUCAAAUAGAUUAUAUGUGAUGAUGAAGAGAGAGUGCAUUGGAACUUUGAGAUUUAGAGUGGAAAGAUUUUUUGUUUUAUUUUCAUAUUUUUAAAUUCUUAUGUCUUCUCAAAGUCAGUGUGGUAUAUGUAUGAGUGUGUAUGUAAAUAUGCAUAUAUAUUUUGACAAGGAGAGGGAUGAUAUUACAAAAAUUAAAUACAUAUUAGGUAAAUAUUUUUUAAAAUCUUAGUUUAUUCAUAUUUAAAUUGGGAUUAUUUACAUUGGUUAAUUUCUAGAGCCUUUCCAAUUAUUAGAUAUAAAUGUAUCUAGAUAAACAGAUGGAUAGAUAGAUGAUAGAUGGAUAUACAUAUAUCAAUAUAUCCUCAUUAAAGCGUUUAGAUAUAUACAUAUAUGACAAAAUAUCCUUGGUAAAGGUAGGUCUAUAUGCAUUCUGUGGGUGUUUACUGUUAAUAUACGUGACCAACUUUCAAGAUAUAAAAGAAGCACCCAUUUGAAAGCUUUAUCAUUCCCAAAUGCACAGUAUUAAUAUAUCUCACGGGAAGACAACAACAAAGUUUAAUUCACUAAUAUUCAUUCAGCAAAAUAGUAUGGAAUCAUAGUUAUUUGUUGAUGUAAUAGGCUAUCCCAAAUAUGUUUCAUUAUACUAUAUUCCCGAAAAAUGUGACUACUCUCAUCUUAUAAAUAAGAUGCAAUUACAUUAUCAAAUUCUAAAGUUCUUGUGUGUGUAUUUUCAACAAUUGUGAUUUUUAUGUCAAUGUAAAGGUUAUGAUGAUAUUAGCAACUCAUAAAUUCCCUGCUUUCAAUAGAGAAAGACAAAUAGGUCUUAUUUCUAAUUUAAAUGAGGUAUGUCUAUGCAUGAUAUCAUCAUCAAAGUAAUAUGGGAUUGGUCAAAAGAAGUCUUGUAGUAUGGGAAAGGAACAAGUUAAAUGCUAUGAUUGGCCAUAUCAACUGGGAAACAGUACUAAAAUACUGCCAUUUAACAUUCAAAUUUUCAUACUCUAUUUAUUGAUAGAUUUGUUAAAGGAACUAAAUGUCAACUGUAGACAAACAGUAGAUGAGAGCAGAAAAGGGAAUAAAUAAUGCAGGCCUUGUUUUUUAGAUAGUUUACUUAGUUAAAAGACAAAAUAAUUCUUAAAGAUAAAAUGAAUUGUUAGUAGCAUUAAUUGAAAUUAAUUAAAACAUGUAUGAAGACAAUAUUAAAGUUAGUCUUUGUUCUUUUAUUCCUUGGGCUACAUGGGAUAUAAAGGAAUGGAUAUUACCUCAACCUGUAUAUGCCUGUUAAAAAUUAUCUGCCCUGGUUGUAUUAAAUGUCCUGGUUCACAUGAUCAGUCUUCUCUCAGGCCAUUUCUCCAUGAUAAUAUAUUAGAAUGCAUUUGCUCUCCAUUUCCAUCACUUUUGCAGAACAUACCAUUAAUAAUCAAAAGAAACAAAACUCUCAAAAGUUAAAAAACUGAAAAUAUACCAUUACUGGUUGGUAUAUAAAAAUAUACUAUGAAUAUUUCUUCUGGAAAAUGCAUAGAUAUAUGAAUUAAUGUCCAAUGAUAUCUUCAUAGAUUGAGUUAUCCAUUCAUUUACUUUGUGUUUAGUAACUCUCUUCUACAUAUUUAUAUGUGAAUCAGUUUAAGGGGUCUUCAGGAGGAAACUACUCAAAGUAGACUGGACCAAGUAGGGAGUGAGUUUUUCACAUAAAUCUGCCCCUCAUCCAAGUAGAACUUACUAUAUCUUUACUAAUAAAGGUCCCAUUCCAAACAAAUGCUGGAAAUAAUCUUAAGCAGGAGUGGAAAAAUAAAAUCACAGGACACAGAUAUUAGCUUCUGCCUCCAAAUCAUUUAAUGUAACAAUUAGGAUGCCUGGCAAGCUACAGUUUUGCAUCUUCAAUUUAAAUUAAAUAUUAGUUUAAAUAUUAGGAUGGUAGCUAAUAAUGUAUUUAAAUUUUUUGAAAAUAAGUAUUCAAGAUUUAAUAAAUUAACAUUAGAAUUUUCUGACAGAUAUUAGAUUUGUGAUUACAUAUAGUAUUACAAAGAAGCAUCAUAGUUAAAUUAAUUUAGGCAUUGAUAGUUAAUUUUUAAAUAAUUGUCUAGAAUGAUUUUUUUCUAUCCAAAAAUGAAAACUGCAAACAGUGCUUUUAAAAUACCACAUCUUCAUCUUUUAUACAUUUCUUAUAAAAAGUGCUAGAGAGGGAGAGAAAUCAAAAGAAAAACAAAAGUACAAAAGUUGAAUCAGCUGCUAUACCACCCCGUAUUAUCACAGCCUCUUGCCUCACUUCCCCACCCCUUCAUCAUUUCUCCCUAAAGCUACUACUUUAAAGGUGUUUUUGGGUUUUUUUGCAUGUGUUUUUUUUUU